ACCACGCCCAUGGUCCAGAUCCGCGCACCAGCACCGCCAUCCUCCGCCCCCUCCCAUCCACAACUGCAGAUUCUCUUCCGCCAUCCUGGCUAUGACGAUGGCAACAAUAUUCUCUUCAAGUUACAUGCCUCUGACAUGGACGACAAUGGGCAGCCUGGCCUCUAUGCUCAGCUUGCGCUCGAUGCCUGCACCAUAAUUGCUGGGAACUGCGCCGGCAAGUGCUGGCUGUCAUUGCUGCGAGACGGAAGCGCCUCCAUCGACCCGGCCAGCACGCUGCGCGGACGUAGCUACUACUUCCACCUCGACGGCGCUGAUGAUGAUCCGUAUGCUAUUGUCCCAAACUUCCGCCAGUGGAGCUACCCGCACGACCACCUUCCCAUACACUGGCAGCAGAUGGCGCCCAAUGUAAGCAUCGCGUCUUCCGGUAUCACUUUCGUACCUUCGAACCUUACGGCCGCCCUACUGAUGCGCGACGGUUCAUGUCGCCUGAGUGGCUGUCGCGAGCAGCUUCAGGUCGCGCACGUCGUGCCUCAGGCCGAGCUAGACUGGUGGAGGACCAACGAAAUGUCGCGGUACAACACGGGCUCGACAUCUACACUCGACGAUACGGCCAACGCGUUACUGCUGCGCGCCGAUCUACAUAUCGCUUUUGACAAGCCCCGUAUCGCCUUUGUUCCUAAGCCGACCGGUGACGGCGGCGACAUGCGGCUCGUUGCGCACUUGCUAGAGUACUCGCCCGAGCUCGAGCAUCUUUACCACAACCGCGAAUUGCACCCUACGACGGUGGGCAUUGAUAUGCUGUAUGCGCGCUUUGCAUGGACCGUCUUCUCGCUACUCGACGCAUUUCUCGAGUGCAAAACCGAUCGACGUCUCGCCUUGCGCUCUUCUGAGGUCUGCGUGGCAGAUGCUCGUGGCUUUGUAACUGCCGCUAACUGUGAGCUCUUCUCUACUGCCGCGACGAAGAAACGCUCGCAGAGCCCCAAGAAGCGCAAGUCUGAGCGUGACACUGUGCUUGAGCAUAAUGAGCUUCAGGGCUCUAUCGAUUUGAGCCGCCGAAAACGCGAAUCUGCUAUCAAAGCUGAGACUUCAUCGCCCGAUGCCACCCCAAUGAAGGGCUCCCAACCCUAUCCGAUAUCUCUCAUUCUUCGAAAGCCUGUUCAAUCGCCCACAAAAUUGCCCCUCUCGCCGCUCGAUUCCUGGCCGUCUUCCCACCCUCCGAUACCGUCGCUCGCACAAACCUGGCUCAGCGCCGAACGCCAGCGGUCAGACCCUCACAGCAUGUGGAAUAAGGAGCGUGACUGGGCGCGGGACGUUUGGGACGGCAGGACACUGACGGGUGACGACGUGCGGCGGUGGUUCGAGGUCUGCGGCGUUGAGAUUAGAGAUGAAUGACUGUUACAAGAAGCUAUGGGCUUAUAGUCGGUAGAUCUGCUGCGUACGUUUGACUGUAUGCCUCUUGCCAUCACCUGAGCUGCUGCUUACAUGAACUGCCGGGCGUGGAUAACAAUAACGGGAUAUCUUAAUGAGUUUCGCGAGAAUGGCACACGCCCAAAAAGUCCGCUCAAGCAAUAUGCAGGUGACCACCGCAACACGACAGCGCAUAGAACUCAGUAGUAAUAAUAUAGUAGAUGUCAUCUGAUCAGCCCCAAUUUAACACUGCUCAAGAGCAAAGAUAAAUUGAGUUGAAUUACUACGACAGAAUGCUACAGCAAGGCCUAAUCUACCCUUAUGAGAAGUUGAUUAAGUGUGUUGUUGUCGCGGCAUU